AUGCGGGCGUUUGCGCGUGCUGUACAGCGGCAGAAACUCAAUGCUCGCACUCUAGCAUUCCAGCAGUCACGACAACGACGCGGCUUUGCCACUGGAAAUCCUCAGGACGUGAAGGGGUUGACUGUCAUCGACCAUCACUAUGACGCUCUGGUCGUGGGAGCAGGAGGCGCUGGCCUCCGCGCCGCUGUGGGCCUCACAGAAGCCGGCUUGAAGACAGCAUGCGUAUCGAAGCUCUUUCCGACACGCUCUCACACCGUCGCCGCGCAAGGCGGCAUCAACGCCGCGCUCGGUAACAUGACAGAGGACGAUUGGCGCUGGCACAUGUACGACACCGUCAAGGGCUCCGACUGGCUCGGCGACCAGGAUGCGAUCCACUACAUGACGAAGGAAGCCAUCCCGGCCGUCGUCGAGCUCGAGAACUACGGCAUGCCGUUUUCGAGGACGAACGAGGGCACGAUAUAUCAAAGAGCGCUGGGCGGGCAGAGCUUGAAGUACGGCAAGGGCGGGCAGGCGUAUCGGACGGCGUGUGCGAGUGAUCGCACGGGGCAUGCUAUGUUACACACGCUGUAUGGGCAGAGUCUGAAGGCCGGGGUGCAGUUCUUCAUCGAGUGGUUCGCGUUGGAUCUCAUGAUGAGUGACGGGAAGUGUGUGGGUGUUACGGCAAUGAAUAUGGAAGACGGGACGUGCCAUCGCAUGUUUGCCAAGAACACAGUUUUGGCUACAGGAGGCUACGGGCGUGCAUACUUCAGUGCAACGAGCGCGCAUACGAGUACAGGCGACGGGAGUGCCAUGGCUUCGCGAGCAGGACUUCCGCUCCAAGAUAUGGAGUUUGUCCAAUUCCAUCCUUCUGGCAUUUACGGCGCAGGCGUUCUCAUUACAGAAGGCGCACGCGGCGAAGGCGGAUAUCUCCUCAACGCUGAAGGCGAGCGCUUUAUGGAACGCUACGCCCCAACGGCAAAGGACCUUGCAUCGCGAGAUGUUGUCUCGCGAUCCAUGAAUCUCGAGAUUAUAGAAGGUCGUGGCUGCGGUGAGGGGAAGGAUCAUAUUCACUUGCAACUUUCGCAUCUACCCAAGGAGAUUAUCCAUGAACGGUUACCGGGUAUUGCUGAGACAGCUGCGAUCUUCGCGGGCAUUGACAUCACAAAAGAGCCUAUCCCGGUGCUACCGACUGUACAUUACUGCAUGGGCGGUAUUCCAACAAACUACCACGGCCAAGUCUUGGACGUCAAGGACGGAAAGGAUCACAUUGUAGAUGGCCUCUAUGCCGCAGGCGAAGCAGCAUGCGUAAGUGUACAUGGUGCAAAUCGACUCGGCGCCAACUCGCUGCUCGAUAUCGUAGUAUUCGGUCGAGCAACCGCUCUCCACAUCGCCGACAAUCAUGCCCCGGGCGCCACCCACAACCAAUCGGAGAAGAACAUCGGUCUCGACUCCAUCAGCGAAAUCCCCUCCUUCCUCGCCUCCGCCGGCUCGCUCCCGACCUCCUCCCUGCGCGCCGACAUGCAAAACACGAUGCAAAAAACCACCGCCGUCUUCCGCGCCCACGACUCUCUCGCCGACGGCAACUCGAAACUCUCUAGCAUCGAGUCCUCGUUCACGCGCGACCUGCGCGUCACAGACAAGAGCCUGAUAUGGAACUCCGACCUCAUCGAGACGCUGGAGCUAAGGAACUUGCUGACGAAUGCGGUGCAGACGAGCAAGGCGGCGUUGACGCGGACGGAGAGUCGGGGGGCACAUGCAAGAGACGAUUUCAAGGAGCGGGAUGAUGCGGAGUGGAUGGUGCAUAGUCUGACGUGGCAGGGGGCGGUGGGUGAGGAAGUCAAGUACGGGACAAGGGCGGUGACGAUGGGGACGAUGGACGAGGGGGAGUGUAAAAGCGUG